UCCCACAAAUUGUUUAUAUGGAUGUUCCACAUAAGCAAUUUUAUUUCUUUGAAGAACUACAAGCCUCUACUUAACAUUUAGAAUUGAUCCAUUAAUAUGGCGUAACACAAUCAGUUUCUUCUACAAAAAGAAUGGGAUAGCAAUUUACACCUUUAAGUAAGCAUCCAAUAUAGCUAGAGCAGUUUGUACUAUCUUUUCCUGCACAGUUUAUACAUUAAUUUUAAUCAGUAUGACCACAUCCAGCUUGCAAACAUAAACUUGUUGACACUGUGCUACACUAUCGACAUGAUCCAUUAAACCAUCCACACAUAUUUUUGCAGUCCUCUUAAUUGUGAUCUGAGCAUGUAUAACAGCCACCUUCUGACCACCAACCACACCCAGAAUUAGAAUCACAUUCUGCUGCAACUGUACUAUCACAAAAUGUUUUUGCUUCUUUCAUGAUCAAAAACAAAAGAACUAGAG